AUGCCAAGGCGAAGAAACCUUCUCACCGCAAUCCUCAUCGUCUUACCCUGGACCAUACUCUUAACAAUUUGGCAUCAGAACUCGAGGGAUUUUUAUUUUGCCAUUAAGAAAAAGGAGCCAGACAAUGGAACAAAACGGGCAAUCACCAACAGCUCGCACAGCAAGGAGGAACAAGAUGUCUGUAUUCACCAGCAGCCAGUGCAAACUCAGACCUACAUCAAACUGGAAUACGUCUACACCAGGCCACCCCAAUGGUCUCAGUCUUUACCAACCAUCUAUGUCAUAACGCCAACUUAUACCAGACCUGUGCAGAAAGCAGAGCUAACCAGACUGGCUAAUACUUUCCUCCAUGUGCAGAACCUGCACUGGAUUGUGGUCGAGGACUCCCCCCGGAGGACCGGUUUAGUAGCACUGCUGCUGGAAAAGUGCGGACUGAAUUUUACUCACUUGAACGUUCAAAGCCCAAAAAGCAUGAGAUUGGGCCCCACUAAGUCAUCAUCGCGAGCUCCAAGAGGCACCUUGCAAAGAAACCUGGGCCUUCGCUGGCUGAGAGACAGGCUAAACCCAAAUGACUCUUCAGAGGGUGUGGUUUAUUUUGCAGAUGAUGAUAAUACAUACAGCUUGGAACUCUUUGAGGAGAUGCGAUUCACGAAAAAGGUCUCAGUAUGGCCAGUGGCUUUUGUUGGUGGACUGCUAUACGAGUCUCCGAAAGUGAACACUGCAGGAAAAGUUGUUGGUUGGAAAACUGUCUUCGAUCCAAAUCGACCUUUUGCUAUUGAUAUGGCAGGAUUUGCAAUCAAUGUUAAGUUGAUACUCAAGAAAUCUUCAGCCAACUUCCAGCUCUAUGGUGUCAAGGGAGGAUACCAGGAGACUAGCUUGUUGCGUGAGCUUGUAACUUUAAAAGAACUGGAACCUAAAGCUUCAAAUUGCACUAAAAUCCUAGUUUGGCAUACUCGGACUGAGAAACCAGUUCUAAUUAAUGAAGGAAAGAAUGGAUUUACUGAUCCAAGAGUGGAGGUGUAAUCUUUUCUCAGACAGAAAGCACGUUCCGUAAGUCACAAAUCAUUGCAACUGAUGAA